AUGGAAGAAGAGGUCACAGAAAAGCUUCAUGCUGUCGAAAAUGAUGGUGGACCGGAUGCUUACAAAAGCUGGGCAAAAGACUAUGAUGAACAAAUGAUAAAAAUAGGAUUGCAAAGUCCUCAAAGUAUAAUCAGUAAAUGGAUGGAGCAAUACAGCCCUGAGUCCCUCCAGACUCAAGCAGCUAGUGGAAGGAAGCAUAGGAUACUGGAUGCAGGCUGUGGUACUGGGCUGGUAGGUGAAUACAUGGGGACUGUAUUUCCAAUGGAUAAUGUUGAGCUCUAUGGUGGUGACAUCACUCCUGAGAUGAUAGAGCAAGCGAAAAUGAAGAAAAAUACAGGCUACAUGGAUUUUAAAAUCAUCAAUUUGAAGAAAGAGCUUCCAUAUGAAGAAGAAUUCUUUGAUAGUGUCAUUACUUGUGGUGUAUUCCUUGUAGGUCACUGUGGCCCAGAUUGUCUUCCCAACAUAUUCAGAGUAUUGAAGAAGGGUGGCCUUCUUGUUACUAGUUCUCGUAAAGCGUUUUAUGAAGAGACAAAAGAGGGUUGGGAUAAGCACAUAAAGGAAUGUAAUUGCACUCUACUGGAAGUGUGUGACAUACCUUAUCACACGUUGGCAAAAGGAAUAAGUCUUGUUAUCAAGAAAAAUUAG